ACCACCCGUCAAUUAGCAUUUGUUCAUCAUUUUUGUUAAAGCAGCAGUUUCCGCCAAGCUCAUCACCUCUUGCGACCUCCCGUGCAAUGACAAUAGCGACGUAGGAGAGUUGCAACCGACAAUGUCUCUGUGAAGCCUCGUUUAUUCUCCACCAACAAGCUCGACCGACAUGGCGUCGAGAUACGCCUUCACCCAGGGCCUGCGAGAGGUGCGCUUCCACUUGUGCAGCUCCAGCCCUGCUUCCGAAGCCACCAGAUCCUUCCUCAAGCGAGCCUAUCCUACCAUGAAACAUCACAACCCGAGCACCCCGAUUUUAAUACGAGAAGCCACCGGUGUCGAACCUAAGAUCUGGGCAAGAUAUGGACUUGGAAAAGAGAAGUCUGAGUCAUUAGCAGGACUCUCAGACAAGGAGAUCGAAGACAAAGUGACGACGUUGGUCAAGUCGGAAUAGCUGGGACUCGCCCAGCAGCUAUGAAAGGCUCAUGGGUUCAGCCAAAGCACAAAAAUCCCAAAGUGCAAGCUACAGGACCACUCGAAUGAUGCCGUUUCGUUGUACAUACUAUAUGGCUGCCACAAGCUAGAUAACUGGAAAAUCAUGAUGCCUCUACGAGCUGGUCUUUUCUACAUCGCACUCUUUUCAACUUGUGGGUGGACCUGACCGAAUCGAUAUUGCGCCCAUGCCAUCGAACCUUCCGGCAUUGUCCAGACUUGACGGCCCUGAUCCUGACCCGCGGCGCCGACGGCGAUGUGAAUUGGUAAUAGAUGCUCGAAUGUUGGAUGUGCUUGUCUUGCAUCGCCUCUCUUCAAC